AUGCGCGGGUUCCGGGUACGACCAUCCUGGGUUGCAGGAGCUCCGUCAAAGGGAGCGGCUCCAGGAGAUGGCAGCGCUCUGAGGAGUCUGUAUUCUGAGAACUUUUCAGCUUCUUUCAGACGUAAUUCUUAUGCUACCAAUGCCCGGCCUUUCCCGAUAUUUUCGGAAUCCUUCUCUAAUCGCAGAAUCUCUCCUACGGAGUUAACCAACCACAUUCAUAAACCAACAAUUGCAUUAUACACAAACACUCCAAAACGCCUUUGUCCGAACCCUCGAAUCAUUCAACCCCUCCGAUCGUUUUCCUCCACGCGACCGUUCCUAGAUACCCAACCGCCUCAGCAGUCGACGAAGAAUUCGCGCGCGGAGAACAAGGACAAAGAAGACGAUGAUAAUGACCAGGGGUUUGAGCUUUCUGAAAAGGCGGCCCAGGCGGCGCAGGUGAAUCUUCGCGCGAAACUAGCAAAAGAUGGCAAUGGCGGAAAAAAGUCAGGGUUCAGAGAAGUAUGGAGGCUUUUGCUCAUUGCGCGACCGGAAGCGAAGAAGCUCGGCUUUGCAUUCAUUUGCUUGCUAAUUUCUUCUUCAAUCACAAUGUCGCUUCCUUUCUCAAUUGGCAAAAUUCUGGAUGCGUCCACGAAAUCCUCCGAGGACGGUGGUAAUGAGCUUUUUGGUUUGAGCCCUCCAAUGUUUUACGGCGCCCUGGCCGGUAUUCUCGCCUGCGGUGCGGCCGCUAACUACGGUCGUAUCAUCGUAUUGAGAAUCGUGGGCGAGCGUAUUGUCGCCAGACUCCGUUCGAGGCUUUUCCGCCAAACCUUUAUACAGGACGCAGAGUUCUUUGAUGCGAAUCGAGUCGGUGAUUUGAUCUCGCGGUUAGGCUCAGACACCAUAAUUGUUGGCAAGAGUAUAACACAGAACCUAUCAGACGGAUUGCGGGCUGGCGUUAGUGGCGCCGCUGGCUUCGGUAUGAUGGCGUAUGUGAGUCUUAAACUCUCCAGCAUCCUGGCACUGUUGCUCCCUCCAAUCGGAAUAGGUGCCUUUUUUUACGGGAGAGCAAUUAGGAACCUGAGCCGCAAAAUCCAGAAAAGCUUGGGAACACUAACCAAGAUCGCGGAAGAGCGCCUGGGGAAUGUCAAAACGAGCCAAUCCUUUGCCGGCGAAAUCCUCGAGGUCAACCGGUACAAUACUCAAGUCCGCAAGAUCUUCGAACUUGGAAAACAAGAAUCAUUCAUCAGUGCAAAUUUCUUCAGUUCUACGGGGCUCAUGGGCAAUCUGACGAUUCUGGCGCUUCUCUAUGUGGGAGGUGGUAUGGUCAAAACCGGCGCCAUCAGCAUUGGAGAACUGACAUCUUUCCUGAUGUACACGGCUUACGCAGGCUCUAGCAUGUUUGGCAUGUCUAGUUUCUACUCCGAGUUAAUGAAGGGUGUAGGGGCAGCCAGUCGGUUGUUCGAACUACAGGAUCGCCAUCCGACGAUCUCGCCAACCAAGGGUACCAAGGUUGUAUCUGCUCGUGGCCCUAUCCGUUUUGAGAACGUCUCGUUUAGUUAUCCGACCAGGCCUGCCGUCCCCAUCUUCAGAGAUUUGGACUUCGAGAUCCCACAAGGCACGAACGUCGCCAUUGUUGGCCCAUCCGGAGGAGGAAAAUCCACCAUUGCUUCUAUACUCCUGCGGUUCUAUAAUCCCACCGAAGGACGUGUCUUGAUCAACGGCACGGAUAUCAAGGGGAUGAAUGCCAAAUCACUUCGCAGGAAGAUUGGUGUUGUCGCACAGGAGCCUGUGCUCUUCUCUGGAACAAUCGCCGAGAAUAUUUCCUAUGGAAGUCCCCACGCAACUAGAUCCGAAAUAGUCGCAGCGGCAAGGAAGGCCAAUUGUCAGUUUAUCAGCGAUUUUCCGGACGGCCUUGACACUCAAGUAGGGCCCCGCGGGGCUCAGCUCUCUGGAGGACAAAAACAACGAAUUGCGAUUGCCCGGGCACUUAUCAAAGAUCCCGAUAUCCUGAUUCUAGACGAAGCCACCUCUGCUCUUGACGCGGAAUCAGAGACACUAGUGAACAGUGCUCUUGCGGCGCUGCUCCGUGGCAACAACACGACCAUUAGUAUCGCCCACCGACUUUCUACUAUUAAGCGAUCUGAUUCAAUCAUCGUCCUUGGCCCCGACGGGAGAGUUGCCGAGCAAGGCACCUACGAAGAACUAAGUGCGCGCCCGGGUGGCGCGUUUACUAAACUUAUGGAGUGGCAGUUGAACGGCGGUGAUGCACAACCGCCAGUUAGCCCUGCCAUUGACCCUGAAGCACAAGAGAAACCCUGGGAAGUACGAUCGGAGGAGGAGGAUAACCAUGAAUCCGAGAAACCACGAUAG